AUGGAUGCUAUUUCGGAUAGAUGCUUUGAUUGUGGAAACAAACAAAAUACUCAAUUAAAUGCGACUGCGAAUGUAGAUUAUUUGGAAUAUAUUGAUUUCGAUCAGUUUGAAUUUGUGGAAAAAAUAAACAAAGGACCUAUGAAAGUAGCUUUAAAGAGACUUAAUAAUUCACAAAAUAUAAGUAAAAGUUAUUUGAAACAACUAAAUAAUUAUCAACAUUGUUUAUAUAAGAGUUUUGAUAAUUUUUUUGGAAUAACUAAAGAACCUACUUCAAAUUACAUGCUAAUUAUGAAAUACUAUGAAUACUACGAAAAUAGAGACUUAUAUUCAUUUCUUGAUGAAACUCAAGGAAUACUUUAUUGGAAAGAUAUUGUCGAAAUGCUUUGGAGCAUAUUUCAAGUCAUUACAAAUUAUUAUGAAAAGGGAUUAAUUCAUGGAAAUCUUCAUAGAGGAAAUAUAUUGGUUGAAGUUAAACAAGGUUCUUUUGAAAAUAUUGAUAUCGAACCAUAUUUAAUUGAUAGAAUCGAUGAGACAAACAAAGUAUAUGGAGUUUCUUAUAUUGCUUCUGAAAUCUUGCAAGGAAAACCGGUAACAGAGACCUCAGACAUUUAUAGUUUUGGAGUGAUCAU